AUGUCCGCCAAUGCGCUCAUCGACUCGCUGAAGAGCGCCAAGCUCCUCCCUUCCGCUAUUAUCCCAGAGUCCUUCACCCCCGCCCUGGACCUCAGCGUCAAGUUCUUCUCCGGACUGGCUCCUGAACAUGGAAGCCUCGCCCGCGUGAGCCAGGUCAAGGAGCAACCUAUUAUCUCCAUCUCUUCGCCGCCAACAUCUUCCGCCGCGACCUACACAUUCAUGAUGAUCGAUCCAGAUGCGCCGACCCCAGAUGACCCGAAGUUCGGUUACUGGCGCCACUGGGUCGUCGCUGCUAUCCCUUCUCCAUCAGCAACAACGUCUCCAGACGACAUCACCACGAGAGGAAAGACGCUGACGCAAUACUUGGCACCCGGCCCGAAGGACGAGAGCGGACCGCAUCGGUAUCUGUUCCUCCUCUUUGAAGAGAGCGCGGGCGAGAGCUUGGAGAAGGCAGACGUUGGAGGAGAGGAAUUUGUAGAGAGGAGAAGCUUCAGAGCAGAGGAGUUGGCGGCGAAGAAAGGAUUGAAGUUGGUUGGAGUGCAGUGGAUGAGGGGAGUGGGUGAUGGGUGGAAGGGAGAGAAAGACGAACUAUAG